AUGACGGCGAUCUACAUCAAGAAUCGCCUACCAUCGCCCAAGUGCCAAGCUCAAACCCCGUUCGGAAUCGUCAACGGAUUUCGACCAAGUGUGAAGCACAUGCGGGUUUUCGGCUGCCGAACGUUUGUGCUGACCCCUAAGGAAAAGAGAUCGAAAUGGGAUCCUAAGGCUCGUGAAGGACCAUUCAUGGGGUACGAAGAAGUGGUAAAGGCAUAUCGCGUUUACGACAUUGAAGCGGAUCAAGUGGUGAUAUCUCGCGAUGUCACAUUCGACGAAUCAACGUUUGGUUUUUCGCCGACGCUACCACAAGAAAUUGUUCAUGACACUGCGCUGGAUACCGAAUCGUUGACGGUCAUCGGUUUCCUACCAUUAUUGGUAACCGUGACCGAUCCAAUCCGAACCGCCUGUUCAGCUUAG